GUCUCCAUGGCAACGGGGGGCGGGGCCGCGGGGGCUGCCGGGAGCCGCCGUGCGCUGACAGAUCCAGGGUCCCCGGCUGGGAUGGAGGGUCACAGCGAGGCAGCUGCCAAGGAGGAGGAGGAGGAAGAGGAGGAGGAGGAAGGGGUGCGGAUCACCCCGCAGCUGCUGAAGGCCGCCACUGGCGAGUUUGCUCUGGAGUCCAUCCUGCUGCUGCGCCUGCGGGGCCGCGGCAUCGCGCACUUGGGCUGCCUGGGCGACUGCACCAACCUGGAGUGGCUGGACCUGUCUGGCAACGCCAUCGCCCAGCUGGGGCCGCUGGCUGCCCUCCGCUCCCUUGCUGUCCUCAACCUGUCCCGCAACCGCGUGUCCAGCCUGGAGCCGCUUGCCUCCUGCCGCAGCCUGCAGAGCCUCAACCUGGCCGGCAACCUGGUGAGCAGCCUGCGGGCACUGCGGUGCCUGGCAGGGCUGCGGCACCUCGAGAGCCUGCGACUGCGUGACCCCCUUGCCCGCCUCGACAACCCGCUCUGCGCCGGGGCUGCCUACCGCGAUGCGCUGGCCGACAUGCUGCCCGGCCUCAAGGCCAUUGACGGCGAGCGGGUGGCUGGCUGCGGCAGUGAGCUCUACCAGCUCUGCCGGGAUCUCGACAGCUCGCUGGGACACAGUGCCGGUGGUGGUGCCGGCGGCGGUGCCGGUGCUGACCCACCCCGUGCAGCUCAGCCCUGGGUAGAGGCUGGUUUCUGGGAGCCGCGGCCGCCGCGGCGCAGCUCCAUCAUGGAAGAGGCGUACAGGCAGUUCAGGGAGGUGCUGCAGGAGUGCCGGGAGCUGGGCCGCCGCGCCGACGACACCAUUGCCCAGGCAGAGCGGGCGCUCAGCACCCGCCAUGACCCCAGCUCCUUUGUCUUCUGAGCUGUGCUGUGCCCGGACCCGAGAGAGGAGCUCAGGGAA